GCACUUCCCCUUUUCCUCCAAAAGAAGACCCAAAAGUAAACACAAAUCUUGGUGGUAAAGCCAGCCUGAAGCAUGAUUCAAGACGGAAUCUAGCGGUUCAUAAGUUGUCAUUUGGUCUUGGUGGGACACUUAUAUAUCCUAUAUUUGUGUCAACAGCGAGAAAGAGGACGUAAGUGACCCGCGAUGGAAACUUUGUGCUUUCGGUUGCCCGGUCACGGGGACUCUACCCUGAAGCACAUGGACUCACUGAGAUCGCGGCAGCACUUCUGCGACAUCACCAUCGUCUCCAGCGACAACCAGAUCUUCAAAGGGCACAAAGUUGUCCUCGCUGCCUGCUCGCCCUAUCUGAGAGACCAGUUCCUCCUCAACCCUUCACCCAAACUCCAGGUGUCUAUGUUGUACAGCUCCUCUGUGGUGGGGGAUCUGCUCCUGUCCUGUUACACCGGGGUCCUACAGUUUAACUCCAAAGAGAUAGUGAACUAUCUGACCGCUGCCAGCUACCUGCAAAUGGAGCAUAUUGUGGAGCGCUGCCGAGGAGCACUGAAGAAGUAUAUCCAACUCAACAGCCUCGCUUCUCUGGGGACCGAAGAGGCAGGCCAGUCAAGUCCAGUCAUUGUCACUGGCAGUGUGCAUUCAGUCGCAGCUGGACCCUCCCCAAAACGUUCUUUGACCCCCGAGGUUUAUGACGACAGCCAAUCAGCUCACGGCAGUGUACAGCUUCGGAGUGACAGCCCCUCAGUGGACAAUGCCUGUAUAGAGGUGAAUGAGUCGGACGAGGAGGUCACCGUCAAACAAGAGGACAGUGAUGUGUAUAAAGUGUACAUCUCUGAAGAGGAAAGGGCUCACAGAGACGCAGUGGAGAAAGAAGCACAGUCUGAAAUGUCUCAGAUCAUGAUCGGCGAGGGAGGGAACUAUGAACUGCAACUUUCGGAGGAGCAGCCCGGAGGCAGCAGGGAUACAGUGGAGAACUUAAGAGUUGCAUUCAAGCACCGUCUUAGUGACUUCAGACAGAGUAAGGCACGUGGCCGGGGGUUAAAAAGGAGGAAAUGGAGAGUGUCUGAAUGUCAACAGGUCAACAGUUGGUACGUCACUAACUCCGGGGUGGGACUGGCGUUGGGGUCUGAAUAUAACCACGAUACAAUCAAACCAGGGAGCUACAUCUCAGUCGAACUUCCGCAAGUAGAUUACAGUGUGGGAGAAGCUGACAAGCAGGUAGCGCCACUCGCUUUGGAGGAGGCUGGAGGUGGAGAGGGGGUGUCGGGCUUAGAGGUGCAGCCCAGCGAAGGAGCAGGAGGAGGGGAUGAGUCUGUGGCUGUGGUUGGGUCGACUUCCAGCAAUGGUCCUGCUCCGGUUAUAUGCGAUUACUGCGGUUUAGCGUUCCCAUCUGCGAAUAUAUUAGCAUUGCAUUGUCGCACUUCUCACAUGCUCUACGCCUGCCCGUGCUGCGGCAAAAAGUUCCACCAUUCGGCCAAUCUGAGUCGUCACAUGGCGGUGCACAGAACAGGCGGUAAGUCCCACCCGUGCCCACUCUGCUGCAAGAGCUUCACCCAAAAGUCCACCUUAAUAGAUCACAUGAAUCUGCACAGUGGAGAGAAGCCGCACCGCUGCGCCUACUGCCACGCACGCUUCGCCCACAAGCCAGCGUUACGGCGCCACCUUAAGGAGCAACACGGCAAAACGACAGGGCAGAAUUCACUGGAGCAGCAGGAGAGGGACAGACAAGAGGCGCAGCAAGGAAUUGAGCAAAACUAGUGAACCGAGACUCGUACUCCUAAACUGUGUGACUGUUCUAAUGUGGUGCUCCAAGAUACAUAUGGAUAGCUCAUUUUGGUUAAUAUAGUCGUCUGGAUAUGCUGCUAUAAACUAGGUUAGACUUUUCAAAGUUGGUUUUAAUACUAAGGUGAAAAGGCUAAGGCUCUAUACCUAUUUCAAUACCACAAUGAUAAUUUAAAAAAAAAAAAACACUCUUUAUACAAUAGGAUUUUCAACACAAAAUAGUAGUUCUUUACUAUUGGAUUGUGGUCUACUAGUUUUGGACCAUUCUAAAACUAAUCAGGUAUGGUACGACUUGUCCUAUUUUUGUUUUGAUACUAAUUUUAGUAUCAGUUAGUAUUUGCGGGGUGUCUUUUUACAACCCAAAUUCAAACCCAGGUGCUCAGUAUUCUUGAUAUGUCUGUACUGGCCCUACAUGUCUUAAAUGGGCCAAAUGCAAAGGACAGAUUUUCCUCCAAUAUUGAGACCUUGUGGUGACAUCACUCUGGGGGUGUUCUACAUGUAUCUCUAUGGUGGAAUGUUUAGCAGUUACCGUGGUGACACAACGCACACAUUAGCAAUAACUACUAAAAAAAGUUUUAAGAUACUCUCAAAACUCAAGAAAAAAUGCAACGACUAAGGAGUGACGGAUCAAUAUGUGCGUUCAUGGUCCUGUUUAGGUGAUUUUCAACAAACAAGGUGGGAAUGACUAACUGAAAAAGUGUUGGCUAAUUCUAGCUAGCUUGUGACUGUAAUGUUAUUUGAGAGGGACUUUAAGAACACAAGUUGUAGUUCUAGCUCAGUUCUCAGCUCUUUAUGGUCAAAUUGGGUUAAAAUAAAGCUCAGAUUAAAGUUUUAACAAACCUCAGACAGAGCAGUGCUUAUAGUUAGCGUCACACCCCCAGAGAAUGUUGAUGACAACGGCUGCAGUAUCAGUAGUACUGUAUACCUAAACUAAUAUCAGACUGCUAUAAUGAAAUAAGACAUUUUUAGUCAUAGUUUCAGGGUUGGGUA